AUGAUGAACACUACUCUUAAUGCAAAUCAAUUAAAUCAUAAGAAAACUGAUGAAACAUCUACUGAUAAAUUGUUGGAUGAAGCAUUAUUAACAUGGCAUAUGACUUUUCAUAAUCGACAAAAAGAUGGAGUUGAUAAUUAUAAAGCAGUCAAAAUUGCAGAAUCACUUGAUCGUAUUAUUGAUAAUUCCAGUGUAGCAAACAAAUUUCCUUUAAAUUGUGAAAGUGUAGUCAAUAAUUCAACAACAGAUCCAAGUAAACAUUUUCUUAAAGAUGCAAGUGAAAAUCAUGACUCAACAGCUGAUAGUUGUGAAUCAUUUCCAGAGCAAGCAGCUGGUUCUCAUUUUCACAUCGACUUUUCGUCACAUGAAAAUUUUGAUCAAUCAUUUGAAGAAUUAAUUCGUCAAAUAACUUAUGUUGAAAACAGAUUAUCUUUACAACCUCGUCGUACUCCUACACCUUCUUCAAUGAUUUAUUCAAUGCAAUCAGUACGAAUGUCUACGUCAGAUACAAUCAUCUCAAGCGUCACAAAUAAUGUGUAUUCACGUCGUUUCGCUGAUAUUAUUUGUAAAUAUAAGAAAUCAAUAAGUAAAGAACAUUAUGAAUUAAAUCAAUUGCAACAAAAUGAAUUAUCAAGUCUUAUUAUAAAGUUACGUGAAGAAUUAUUUUGUGAUGCACCACAAGUUUUAUCAGAUAGUAAAAAGUCAGAUGACGUAAUUGAAAAGCAUCAUUGUGGUAAUCAUUGUUUAGAACAAACUCGAAUUAUUCAUCAAAAUGAUAUAUUAUUACGAUUAGUCGAUCGUUUGACAACACCAAAAUCGAUGGAAGAGAAUAGUUCAAAUAGUUUUUUUAUUGGAUGUUUUAAAAUUAUAUUAUGUAGUAUGGCUUUAUGGAUGCUCUAUAGAUAUAUCAUAAUAAAAUAG